UACUUUAAGCUCAAUUCCGAUUGGUUGUUAUACUCUAAUUGCCAUUUUAACUUUCUAACCUUCUUUUUUAAAAUAUAUUUUUAUUUCUUUUACAUUAAACUAUCAUAAAAAAUGAUCCAUUGCGAAUUCGUAUUUUACACGCAUUUUGAAUUUUCCAUAAUUCCAACUAAUUCAAUAUCAUAGGAUCGUAUAUCCCUAUACAAAUUUAUAAGACAGUACUACCAAGCUUGUACAAAAUGAACGUAUGAAAAUUUCGUUAGACAACAAACAAAUUAUUUUUGUAGAUAACGUGUUUCAUUCAAAUUAAUUUAAUUAUAAAACAAAUUUAUACAUAAGUUAAAUUUGUAUGUAUAUGAGUGAUAUUACAACAUUAACAGAUUUUUCGCAAGAGAUAUACAUUGUAGGGAUAAUAUUUUAAAUCAAUUACAAUUAGUAUUUAAAUACUGAUAUUUAAUAAUAAAGAAGAAAUGAAAUGGAUUCAUUAAGAGAACCAGCAUUUUAUGUAGGAGAUAUUGAUGAAGAUAUUGAUCUCAAACAACCUCCUAUUUCUGGAGGAGAUUACAUCAAGCGUGUUGUAAUAGAAGCUCAACAAUGUGCGGAUAUAGUAGUGGCUGAUAUAAAUAAAGAAUGUUUCAAGAAACCUACCAUAGAUGUUCAACAUUUAGCAGGAUGUGUUGAAGCACCACCAUGUCUAGCUCCUACUACUGAAUGGCAAGAAUGCCAAUUAGAAAAUUUCACAGAUUUAAAAUUAUAUGUUAUUCAAAUCCAAGAUGAGAUCAGAACAUCUAAAUGCAAAUGGAAAUCUCAAGAGACACAACUGCCUAAUAUAGACGAUCAACGUGGUUGGAUCACGUACUGUUCCGAGAAAUGUAGUAAUGAAAACGAAACUCAUAGUCCAACAUUGACAACUCUUUUACGUAUGAAACAACCAUUAAUAGAACAAGUCUUGGAAUAUUUAGUUGAAUAUGUACAAACACAAGGAAAAAUUGAAUACAAAAUUGGACAAUGGCUCUAUGCUUUAUUGGUUGUUUUGGAUCUACCAUUGAAUCCUGAUACAUGCUCUUGCUUGCGUUCUUUGGCUAGAGCAUGUUCUGUUAUCAGAGCAAAUUCUAAAAAGUUGGAAGAACACGAAAUAGGAGCACUAAAUUUGUUUAUAUGUCUGGUAGCAAGAUACUACCGUCAAGUGGAUCUUGCUGAUCCAUAUUAGAUCAAUGUUAUAAACGUAUUUUUUUCGCGAUUAUAUCAUAAAAUAAUAAAAA